AUGGCUGAUCAUAACAAUAACAAUGAUGGAAUCCCUCCUGAACAGAACUUUAGAGCUUUGGCUGCUCCUUUCAGGCACAGACCAGAAAUGGGAAAUUGCGAGGUGUUAUACCACCUGGGACAGAUAGCUACUAGCCUCAACAUCAAGACACCAGAACAUUUGCCAGGGGAUACUAACGUCCCCUCUAAAUCUCAACCAGAACCCUCCAAGGUUGUCACACUAAGAAGUGGGAGAGUUACUACACAAACUGCAACAGCUCCCAAGACCUCAACCAUAGACACCAGGGAGGAACGUGACAAACCACCUGAAGCAUUUCCAAAAGCACCACAACAAGCAGUUGUCGAGCAAAACCUAGAGCUUGAUGAAGAAGUUGAAGCUGAGGAAACCCCAGUGGACAGAAGCAGAACAAGCAGUCCACCACAAACCAAGCAAGUACCAGUCAAAAUUCUGGUCCCCCAAAGAACAAGGAAGCAACAAGAUGAUAAGCAGUUUGGAAAAUUUCUAGAUAUUCUAAAACAACUCCACAUCAAUAUACCUCUGGUGGAUGCACUGGAACAAAUGCCCAAGUAUGUCAAAUUCAUGAAAGAUGUUCUCUCCAGAAAAAUAGGCAUAACAGAAUAUGAAACCGUGAAAAUGACACAAAAAAGCUGCCAAUACUUGGGCAAACUUCCACCAAAAUUACAAGAUCCAGGAAGCUUUACCAUUUCUUGUGUGAUAGGAAACACUUAUCAAGGCAAAGCCUUGUGUGACUUAGGGGCAAGCAUCAAUCUCAUGCCAUCAUCAAUUUUCAGACAAUUAGCCACAGGACCAGCAAAACCAACCACGGUAACCUUACAAAUGUUAGACAGAUCCAUUGUCAAACCAGAGGGAAAGGUGGAAGACCUACUAGUCAAAGUAGAUAAAUUCAUCUUUCCCGCUGACUUCAUCAUUUUGGACUAUGAAGUUGAUACUGACGUUCCCAUCAUCCUGGGACGUCCAUUCCUAGCAACUAGAGGAGUGGUCAUCAAUGUGCAAAAAGGGGGAACUCACAAUGAGAGUACAUGA